AAAAAGCGCCAACUACGGAAGAGGAAGAAAACCAGUUUGUUUUUGUUUACGUCGCAGAAGCCGAUGUUGACGACGCAGAGACUGCGGCUGUUUCUUUACAUGUCGCCUGGAAGUUGAAGACUGUCGCGGUUUCUGUGUCUUCUGGUCCAGUUUGUUCUCCGGUUGUAAAUAAAACCACAGUUCGGAGCUUUGCGGCUCGGUAACGAAGGUUUACGGCAGCCAUGUCUCAGCAGAGAGGAGUCAACAGCCUGCAGUUCAACCAAGACCAAAGCUGUUUCUGCUGCGCAAUGGAGACCGGGGUGAAAAUCUACAACGUGGAGCCACUGAUGGAGAAGGGCCACCUUGAUCAUGAGCAGGUGGGAAGUGUGGCCCUGUGCUCCAUGCUGCAUCGCUCCAACCUGCUGGCCUUGGUUGGAGGUGGAGUCAAUCCUAAAUUCUCAGAAAUAUCCGUUCUGAUCUGGGAUGAUGCUCGAGAGUCCCGAGAGCCCAAAGAUCAGCUGGUGCUGGAGUUCACCUUCACCAAACCUGUCCUAGCUGUACGCAUGAGGCAUGACAAGAUCAUCAUCGUGUUGAAGAACAAGAUCUUUGUGUACAGUUUUCCAGACAACCCUGGCAAACUUUUUGAAUUUGACACCAGAGACAACCCCAAAGGUAUUUGUGAUCUGUGUCCCAGUCUGGAGAAGCAGCUGUUGGUAUUUCCAGGUCAUAAAUGCGGCAGCCUGCAGUUGGUCGACUUGUCCAACACCAAACCUGGCACAUCGUCCGCACCGUUUACCAUCAACGCCCACCAGAGCGAGAUUGCCUGUGUGGCAUUGAACCAGCCCGGCAGCGUCGCCGCUUCAGCAUCCCGCAAAGGAACCCUCAUCCGGCUAUUCGACACCACAACCAGAGACAAACUGGUGGAGCUGCGCAGAGGGACUGACCCGGCCACCCUCUACUGCAUCAACUUCAGUCACGACUCGUCCUUCUUGUGUGCCUCCAGCGACAAAGGUACUGUCCACAUCUUUGCUCUGAAGGACACCAAACUCAACCGACGCUCAGCUCUAGCGCGUGUUGGGAAGGUUGGGCCUGUGAUUGGUCAGUACGUGGACAGCCAGUGGUCACUGGCCAGCUUCACAGUGCCUGCUGAGUGUGCCUGCAUCUGUGCUUUUGGAAAAAACACUUCUAAGAAUGUGAACUCAGUCAUUGCCAUCUGUGUAGACGGGACCUUCCACAAGUACGUGUUCACACCGGAUGGAAACUGCAACCGAGAGGCCUUCGACGUAUAUCUGGACAUUUGUGAUGAUGAUGACUUCUGAGAGUAAAAUCAUUGAAGGGAGGGUGAGGAAUGUGACUGACCUGAGGAGACUAUUGUGGUCUGGAGAUGGAGGAGAAAAGACCCAUCAACACACUCAGCUACAGCCUGUUUUAUAAAUAGCUGUUUAAUCUGUUGUCAGUAACUGUCAAAUACAGUUCAACUUAGUCUGUGUGGGUGGUGAAUAACACAAUUAUUACUAAAUAACUACAGUACAUAACAGAGGUAUGUACUGUAGUUAUAAAAGCUGACAAAGUUUUAUAUGAAGCCAUUGUUUCUUUUACCAUAAUAAAGCUUUUAUUUGUGUUGAUGAA